AAGCCUGCCGGGAAUGACAGCUCGAAGCUCGAUACCGACAAGCCUGUUGUUCUAGUUCGAUGCCGUCCAGCUCAAGAUAGCAGUCGCAACCUCACAGUCGAGAUGGUCGGGAAGCGUUGGUUCACGGACUUCCUUACAACCCACCAGGUCGAAGAUCGUGGUCUGAGCGGACUCGACAUCGAGACCAAAAUUGGAGGUCGCUCCGCGCUCAUUUCCAAGCUAGUGGCUUUCAUGAAAGACACUGUGUACAAGACUCGUAUCCCUUCUGUCACGAAACGUCGAACUUGUCUCCAGCAUUUCAUGCGCACGGGAGUUCAACUUUGGGGUCUCACCAUUGAAGAACAGCGCAAGGUGCUCUCCCAGGAGGACGGGACGUGCUACGCCGCCUCGGAGAAUGACUAUGAAUGGAACGACCCUGAGCAGCCAUUCAUUGAAGUUGACGACGACAAUGAUGAAGAAGAGGAGCAGGACGAAGACGAGGACGAGCACGAGAGCGAGAAUUAA